AGAAGCCUUCCUCUCUUUCUCCUGCGUCUUCUUCUCUCUUUCUUUCUUCUAGAUUCAUAGUCUCUUAGUGUUUCUUCUCUACAAGCUCCCUGAAACGUUCUUCCCUGAGAAUUCUCCUUCUGAUUUCGAGUGAGUGAAAAGAUGAACAUAUUUCGAUUAACCGAGCCGAGUUCCCGAGAUACGAAAGUACACACUUCUCGCCAUGGGAAAAAACAGAGUCAUAAACUCAAGUCUCCAAAGUCAUCUUCUUGCCAUUGUGAAGCUCUAAGUCAAGACAAGCAAGAAAGUACUGGAUUACCAAUGAAGAGUUUGUUAGCACAAGAAAUGUCAAAGCAGAAAGAAUCUAAAAAGAGAUCACCAAGCAUUAUAGCAAGACUCAUGGGUCUUGACGUCUUGCCAUCGCCUCAGAGUUCUUCUCAUAGGCAACAACACAAGUCUGUGGAGAAUCAGAAGCAAGGUAGGAGUGGUGAAGUCACUUCUUAUAAAUCUCCAACAAAGAGCUCAAAGACUGGUGAGCAAAAGUUCAAAGAUGUUUUCGAAGUAAAGAAGGCAGCAAGCAAUAGAAAGUUGUCUCUUCAGGCUGCUAAUCUCACCCAGGCAGAGAUGGCUUUUAUAAAACAGAAGUUCAUGGAGGCUAAGAGGUUAUCAACUGAUGAGAAACUUCGUCAUUCUAAAGAGUUUAAUGAUGCGCUUGAGGCUCUAGACUCUAACAAAGACCUUUUACUCAAGUUUCUUCAGCAACCAGACUCAUUAUUCACUAAACAUCUGCAUGAUCUUCAAAACACAACACCUCACAAGAAGUCACCAAACAGCCAAAGGCGUGUGGAUAGUCUGAAAACUCAGAAAGUUGAUAAGGACUUGUUAUGGAAGAGUCCAAGGUCGCCUCAUAGGCAUGGUGGUGGUGGUUGUCAUAGCUAUUCUCAUACAAGACAUGCUUCUUAUGACGCACAUGAUUCACCAUAUGAGGAGCUGGGAAAGAGAAGUGAGUUUCAGCCAACCAAGAUUGUUGUUCUAAAGCCUAAACUUGGUGAGCCACGUUAUGCUAGUAGAGCUUUUGCAUCGCCAAGCUCUUCUUCUGAUGAGUUCAGAGCAGAUCGUAGGCUUCCAUGCACCAUAAAUCAUGUCAGGCAGAAAAGCAAUCUCUCAAGACAUAGUUCUAGAGAAAUGUCCAGGCCAAGGAAGGCGAGCCAGGGUAGUGAUAGUAGUGCCAUGAGCUUUGAGACUCCAAGAUUCAGAGGCUAUGCAGGUGAUGAAAGCUCAUCAGGGAGUGAUUCUCCAAGUGAAUCAGAGCUAGUACCCAUCACUUCAAGAACAAGAACCGCCUUCAACCGUAAGAACUACCAACUAUCUUUGCAUUCAACAUCAUCUGUGACCAGGGAAGCCAAGAGGAGACUCUCAGAGAGAUGGAAGCUGACACACAAGUACGAGGAAGAGAUAGAAAUUCGUAGAAACGGCACGUUAGCUGAAAUGCUUGCAACUUCAGAUAGAGAGGCAAGACCAGCGAGUUUUAAUGGACUCAUUUUCGAAGAAGGUAUUAGUAAAAGAGUUGACAGCAAUAUUCAUUGGUCCGAAUCGCCAGAACCGGUCGGAAUCAGCAGUAGGGAUGGUUGGAAAGGAUCAUUAUCUUCAAGAAGUUUCUCAAAAUCCAAAACCAUCAUGGACCAGGAAAGCACCUAUGGUUACACCAUAGUGCUUCCUAAGGAGUUGAACUAUCGAGAUGGAUUAGUGAAGGGGAGUUCUUCUAGACAUGGUAGUUAUAAAUCUCAUUCAUCAUACAAUGGUUCACCAGAGGUCAACAUUAGCCCAAGUUUAACCAAAGUACUUUAUCAAAAAGAGAAGCUCUCUCCUUCUAAAGCACGUUACAGUUUCUCAGUAGAUGCAAAUUCAGACACUGAGGAUAGUUCCGGUUCGGAGGAUAUAAUGUCUUCUGAAGCUCCGGAUUUGUCAACUGUCACCUCGUUAACUGACCCUGAUAUCUCAAGGAUGCCAAGCGAGGAUGUAAAUCAUUCUUCAGUUCCUGAGCCGCAGUCUCGUGAAAGCUCAAAGGAAGGAGAUCAACCAAGUCCGGUUUCAGUUCUAGAAGCUUCUUUUGAUGAUGAUGAUGUUUCAUCGAGUUCUGAAUGUUUUGAGAGUGUUAGCGCUGAUCUCCAAGGACUCAGGAAGCAACUACAGCUCCUCAAACUAGAGACAGGUGCUUACAAUGAAGGUGGCAUACUCGUUUCAAGUGAUGAAGAGACAGAUCAGGAGGAGUCAUCAGCAAUAACUGAUGAGGCUUUGAUCAGAGAGGAGGUUAAAGAAGAAGACUGGAAGUCACUAUACGUAGUUGACCUCCUAGCCAACUCCAAGUUCAGUGACUCAGACCACACCACUGUCAUUGAGACACCUGUAGAUUCGUCCUUGUUUGAGGAUCUUGAGAAGAAGUACUCCACCGUGAAAACCUCAACUCGUUUAGAUAGAAAGUUCCUUUUUGAUCAGAUCAGCAGAGAGCUUGAGCAGAUGCUAAAGCAGUUUUCGGAUCCACACCCUUGGGUUAAGCCCACAAGGGUCUGCCAGAGAUGGGAUACAGACAUGAUACAAGGGACUCUGCUUGAUUUGGUGGCAAGAAAACAGAAGAAACCAAACAAAGAUGAUGUUGAGGAGGAGUUGCAGUGGCUGAGAUUGGGAGAUGACAUUGAAAUCAUAGGUAGAGAGAUUGAGGAAAUGCUGACGGAUGAACUCAUAGCUGAGCUUGUAGUAGAUGCAAUCUUCUAGAAAGUUAAAUAAUAUUAUCUGUUAUAUACUUUUGAAGAAGAAAAACAAUAAAAAGCAAUGUGUAAUAACAAUUUCUUCAUAUGAAGUGAUGUGUCCC